UGUCCUAAGGGACACCGAGGAAAAUCGUGGAUUGCAACAUAGGUUGGCUCGCAAAGCUCUAGGUCGCAUGAAGAAAAAAGGAUGGGCCAAACGGCGGCGACGUCAGUCUGGUACUAAAUCUGCUCUGAAGACUCUCCCGAAAGAGGACGACAGUGAUGACGCAUGUUUGAUUUCGUCUUCUGACAGCAGCGACGGGGACGAUUCCGACCCUGACUCUUCAAACAGCGGGGAAAGCACCUUCUCUGAGGACAUCAACAAAAUGAGGGUCGAGCCGGACGUCAACAUCAAACGGGAAAGCGAGGAGAAGGUCGUCCACGUGGACAUCAACAUCCCGGACGUCCUGAAGAAGAAGCUGGAGGACGACUGCUUUUACAUCAACAAGAGGAAGAAGGUAAAUGCAGCAGAUAUGAAGCUGGUGAUGGUUCCCUGUCAGACGAACGUGGUGCACAUCCUGGAAUCCUACGUCAAGCACUUCGCCAUCAACAAGGCGUUCAUGGCCAACGAGAGGUACCGGCGGCAGCAGAACGCCACGCAGAGCAGCAGCCCGCAGCCGAUCCUUCCCGAGAAGAGCGAGGAGUUGUGUAAAGAGAUGGUCGACGGCCUGAGGAUCACGUUCGACUUCACGUUACCCAUGAUCCUCCUCUACCCGUGUGAACAAGCUCAGUUCAAGAAGGUCAGCUCCUCCAGGCUCUUCCUGGCCGUCCAUGAAAGCUCGCCUUGCUCCAGCAGUGCUCAGAGAGAGCGCAGCCCGAGCCCGCUGGGACACAACCCCCCCACCCCGCAGUCCACAGACAGCCAGCCGGCUCUGAGCGACAUAUCCGCCACAACCCCGACGGCGCCGGCUCCCACCCCGAAGCGCCGGCGCCACCCCGACAUGGACUGCAUCUCCUACCAGUCGCAGUCACUGCGGCGCUCCACCAGGAACACGUCGGGAGGGGACCGGCCCGCCGAGGGAAGCAGCGGAGGUGGAGGCAGCGCCACGGCUUCCCCGCAGCUCAAACGCCGGCUGGUCGACACGUCGUCGCAGCCCAAGUUCUUCCUCAACCUCGACAGAAAAACCCCGGUGCACAGCGGCUCCUCUUCCCCGUUGCCCUCGACACCGAGUAAAGAGCGCAGCGGGCCUUUCUACGGCCUGGAGAGCCGCAGGAACAACGAGCUGAACGAGGUCCUAAGUUGGAAGCUGACUCCAGAUAACUACCCGCUGCACGACCAGCCUCCUCCACCCUCCUACCUGUACGGAGCGCAGCACCUCCUGCGGCUUUUUGUCAAGCUCCCGGAGAUCCUGGGGAAGAUGCAGAUCCCCGAGAGGAAUCUCCGAGCCCUGGUGAAGCAUCUGGAGCUCUUUCUCAGGUUUCUGGCAGAGUUCCAUGAGGAUUUUUUCCCUGAGUCUGCAUAUGUGUCGGCAUCAGAGGCCCACUACAACAUGAAACAACCCAGGCCCAUUUAUUGAAGGGAGGUGUCGGGCCUUUGUGUUUUCCUCUCUGAACAUUUUUUUUUUUUGUAGCCUGUCUAGACUUACCUGGUUCGUCCUCACGUACAGAGGAACAAUAGCAGAACACUCGGAAGGACCAGCUGCGUUGUCGUCCUGGACAGACUUUUCCCCCUCUCCAUAUGUUUAGCUACUGUUGCCUUAUGGACCCUGUUGCUUCUAACAUGCUACUAACCCUCAGCCAUGCUCUUUGAGUGAGACUGCUUUGCAUGUAGACGGCUAUUUCUUCUUCUUUUUGAAUAUACCCGUGUAUAUAUACACCACCACCGUUGAUUCCCCUUCUCCCUUACUUAGCCUGGAGUUUUUAAAGCCAAGUUAAGUUUUUUUUUUCUUGUGCGUUGACUUUGUCGCCCUCUAGAGUCAGGUUUGGGAAAUGGUGGUCCGUUAGACAAAGGCGCACUGAUUCAUGUUCUGUUCUGCGCUCUGCCUGUCCAAUCAAUGUUUAUGCUUUGUUGACUGUUUGUAAGCCACGCCCCUUUCGAUAUGAUUCAUCUCGGAAUUUAAAAGGUCUUGCUCCUCCUGUCCCGGAGUUCCUUUGCUGCUUUUGACUCUGGAUUUUUCACGACUCAGUCUCUAUGUCUUUCUUCUUUUUAUGUCCUCAUGUGAAUGUCUGACGAAUGUCUUUUUCUGCUCUUCUUCUCUCACUCUGUAAACCUUCAUAACUAAAUCACCGUUGCAAAAAAACAAAAGGGUAUUUGCUAUUUAUGACAAACAUUUGGGGAACUGUUUGGACUUGCACAGAGCAGGAUCACCUCUCUCCUUUUGGUUUUCGGUGAGGGGGCGACACCUGGAAACGACUUGAAAAAUAAAAUAAAGACUUAAAUGUGAAGAAUGUUUUUGCUUUUAUCUGUAUGACAUGUAUUUGUCACAUAUCCACAAUAUCAAUGACAUUAAUAAGCUAAACAUAGGCAAGUGGAAAAGGGAUUAUUUGAGACCAGUUCAAUUCUUUAAGCAAAAGGAAAAUGAGGCAAUCAUCUGAAUGUGUCAAAAACAAACUGUUUCAAAGCGUCUAAGGCUUAUCUAAUCUUAUCUUUGCAAAAAAAAAAAAUGUUCAGAACUAAGCAGCCCUGAGUGGACAAGUUUCAAUACAUUUUAUUUAGUCGGUUUUCCCGUGAUAACAAGAGUCCCAAAAGCAAAAACAAACGCAGAAAGAGGCUAAACUUACCUCUGUAGUGUGAGGGCCAGGCCGAUCACAGUGACCAGCCCUUUGUUUCCAAGAUUACAAGAAAAUGGUUGCGCUAUCAUGAAACAAUGAGAUAAAUUAAUAUCGACCAAUCAGUCGUUAUCGAGAUAUGAUAACCUAAAAUGACUCGUUAUCACGGGAAAAUUGGUGACGUGUUGAUACAAAAUAAAACUCCUUGAUCUUUAUGCUGUUAAUUGAAAACAAUUUCAUGAGCAUGUUCAAUUAUUUAAAUCUGUUCUAAAAACUUGGCUAAUUCCAACUACAAGUACUGAUUAAACAAACAAAUGUCUCUCCAACAAAUACUGUAAAUAUAGUGUAAUUUACAGUAAAUUGCUGUAUAUGUUUCUGGUAUGUUGUACACAGGUCGGAUUGUUGUAGCCUGUGAUAAGUUCUGCAGUGUUUUUGGUCUGAUGUCUGUUUUCUUUUUGUUUUUUUUCCAAGUUCAAAUAAAGUCUUUCUUUCCUCUAUGUCUUCACACAUA